AUAAAGACAGUGACGGAGCAGAUGGCAAUGGGAGGUAUUGGGGAUUGGGAUUAGGAUUUGGUAUUGGUUAUGGUGAUGAUGGGGAUAGAGUAUGCGUUGGGCAAGGAGAGUUUCAGUGAAGUCGUGGGUAGUGGGUUGUGGAUUAUGGCAUGUAGUGGUGGUAGUGGGUAGUGGUAACGGUAGUGGCAGGCGCUGGCUGGCGGUGGGGGACUUACAUACAUACAGAACGGAAGGAAUGUCGGAUUCUUCGGAUGCAACUUCGCUCGCUUUGGUAUCGACUGUUUGGAGGGAGGAUGGGAUGAUGUGUAAGAGUUCAGUCAGUCGGCGGUGAUGAAUAAGUUAAAAGUUGGAGGGUACGGGUG